AUAAACUGUUGAAUACGUGGAUUCACACAAGCAGCUCCACCUCAGUCCAAUCCCGUUAAUUGACUUAUCUCAGCAGGUGGAGGCUGAUUUCAUCGUCCGCCUGCAGCAGUGCAGCAUCACUGUUUGUCCUGGACUCCUCGUCAGAUCCCACAGGCCAGGACCAAGAUCAACACUGAAGUCUUCUGUUCACCACUCUGACAAAGUCGACGAGUUUGAGGCUGUAAUUUUGUGAUAACAGUCCCAAAAAUAAGAACCAAGGGACGCAAGUUCACCCUCUAAUAGAGCUCUAAGUCACCUCCAUCUCCCCAACAAGCAGCCAUGGGUAACAGCAAGAGUGGCGCCGUGUCCAAGGAGAUCCUGGAGGACCUGAAGCUCAACACCAAGUUCACAGAGACUGAGAUCGUCCAGUGGUAUGAAAACUUCAAGAAGCAGUGUCCAACGGGGCGCAUCUCAAAAGAGGAGUUUCAGGGCAUCUACAGCAAGUUCUUCCCAGAGAGUGAAGCAGAAACGUACGCCCAGCAUGUCUUCAGGUCCUUUGACACAAACGAUGAUGGUACGCUGGAUUUCAAGGAGUACAUCAUUGCCCUGCACAUGACGUCGACUGGGAAGACCACCAGGAAACUGGAAUGGGCCUUCUCACUGUUCGACGUGGACAAAAAUGGAUACAUCACCAAGACAGAGGUCAAGGAAAUCUGCACGGCCAUUUUCAAGCUGAUUCCCAAAGAUGAACUGGCUAAUCUGCCCGCAGAUGAAAACACAGCAGAGAAGAGGGCGGAAAAACUCUGGAAGUACUUUGAUAAAGGAGAUGAUGAACGAGUUGCAGAAGGGGAGUUCAUCCAGGGAGUGUUGGAUAAUGACGACGCCCUUCGUUUGAUUCAGUACACGCCGUCAAAGUAACCACGAAAAACAGAGUCUUUAAAACUUUCUCCAGUCCCGUGUUUCCUCCUCAAUGAAGCUGCAGUAGAUGAAGUGAAUUCUGACACUUUGGUCACUAGUUUAAUCAGGUUUGCAGAUUUUAUCAUUGGCUGUUCAAUUUUUAAUUAAUUUUUUAAAUCUGUGACAAGCAUGUAGCUCAGUGCUCAUUGUUGUCUAAUUUUGUGUCUUUCUUGGUCUUCGAUGUUUGAAUAGUGAUGAUGGAGGUUUAUUCAUGUAUAAUAUCACAUAAAACUGUGUGCACUCCUACUGGAUUUUCCCUUCACAAUAAAUUCAAUAAAACAAUACGAUUACAUUUUAAUAAAUAAAAAAGUCCUAAAGUCUUUUUUUUUAUGUUGAGUACUGAGUAUAAACUAAAAACCAUUAUGAGUUUAAACAAAGCUAAUAAUAGUGUGAAAGAGGUACGCAGGUCAGUAGGAUUUAUAUCCGAAGUAGCAAAAUAAUUUUUUCUACUUAUAAAAUUCUGUAAAUUCAAUAGAAACAAUGAAAUUUGAAUAAUAAAGGUAUUUUUUUAAGUUGAUGUUUUUAUAAAUUAAAAACCAUGAUAAUGUUUUUAUGUCAA